AUGGCAUUCUUUUUCAGGACCAUUGACAACGGAAUUAAACUGUCAUUGUUGUUGUCUAUCCCCGAUGUCACCGACGUCCAUACUAUGAACAAGAUCACCUCUGACGAGCUCAAUCGUCUGGUCACUCACGAGGGUUCACCAGAGGCCUCACAACUGCUGGGACACCUGCUCUCCAAAAUAUUUCAGUCUUUUACAGUUCCUCUUCCUGAUGUAUUCAGCCUUACAAUCCCAUUCGGAAAAAUCCUUUAUCACAACCAACGCAUCAACGAGAAAUUCAGCGGGACAUCGCCCGAUACUCUUGUGCCACUGUAUGAUACUGAAGCGAAGGCUUGGAACUGGGCUCUUCCAGUUGACCCUCCUAAAAAUGCCAGUAGUAGUAGGAGUCAUUCGGCUCAGGGCGCAGACUCGGAGGGUGAGUCAGAGGGCGAGUCAGAGGGCGAUGAUAUGCAGGAAGCAACUCACAAAGAAAUCUUUGCUGCGUUUCUCAAUGCUCUGGCCGGCUGCUUAGCAGCGUCACAGCCCAAGCUAGUAGAAAUGCGCUUUGCAACCAGCACAUGGAGCGCAGCCAGUGCACAGAAGGCAUUACCUGGCAGCGACAUCAAGCGCAAGCCAGAUCUUGUUCUAUCUGACGAUAUAUCGGCAAAGUGGGGGAACAUCAGGGCUGCAGAUACCCAUGCCUAUAUUAUGAUGAGUGAACAGCCAUGGAGGCGGUUUGCUCUCAUAUUAUCAUUCACAGACGAAUAUCGCCACCUUAGAGUCCUAAUGUAUGAUCACUCUGGUGGUGCCGUGUCUCCUCACUUCAAUAUUUACAAACAACCGGACAUAUUUUCACACAUCAUCGCUGCUAUCAAUUUUGGGAGUCUAGAGUGCAUUGGCUAUGAUCCGACAGUUUCAUUCUCAAAGGUUGUUUCCCCACCCCGAUCCAAAGAUAUCCACUGCUAUCGUCCCAUUAGAAACGCUCCUGCCCGACCAAGUAUGAUGGACUGUACUAUUGCUGUAUCCACUUCCUCCCUUCCAUUUCCCGAGGAUCCUGAUGGAAUGUCGUCCAGUGAUGCCCUUGAAUUAGUAGUCGCUGGUGACUCUGAUGAUUCCUCUAGUGACUCUGACUCGACGGAAGAAAGUCCGAGUGGUUCCGCUACACAUUACUCAAUGGAUGAAGAGCAUUUCCCAACCCCCUCCCUCCCAGUGCACCCCACUGCAACCCGUUGA